AUGCAGCUACUUACCUUCACCACGGCCGCCGGCCUCCUCCUCACCUCUGCUCUGGCUGCCCCCCUCGAAGCCGCCGCGUCAAGCCUCUCCUGGUCCGUCACCGACUACUCCUUCACCCGCGACGACAACCGCCACUACCACUACAGCUUCAACGUCCAAGGUGACGGCAAAGUCGACGAAACCCCACCCUUCACUGCCACUUGCUCCGGGACGCAGCAGCCUGGAUACCAAGAAUGCGAGACCUACAUCUGGCAGCCCACCAUGCCCGGCACUUUCAAAAUCUCUGCCAACGUCAACGUCGUCGCGAACCCGAACGACCCGAGCAAGAAGGUUCCGAGGGUGUUCAUCAAGACGCACUGGGUCAAUGAGGGGCAGUGUUCCUACACGGACAUUGGGCGUUAUGAUGCGCCUGCUGUACUCGACAGCUUCUACUUCAGCCCGGUGUCUCACGUCAAGGGGGAGGGAUGCGUCUCAUAG